UUUUCUUCUGUGGCUGCUAGUGAGAACCCAAACCAGCUCAGCCAAUUAGAGCUCCAGUUGUCACUCCUACCCACACUGGGCCUGGGGGUGAAGGGAAGUGUUUAUUAGGGGUACGUGUGAAGCCGUCCAGAAGUGUCAGAGUCUUUGUAGCUUUGAAAGUCACCUAGGUUAUUUGGGCACGCUCUCCUGAGUCCUCUGCUAGUCAAGCUCUCUGAAGAGAAGGUGGCAGACCCGGUUUGCCGAUCGAUCGCCCCAGGGAUCAGGAGGUUUUUGUCUUUAUUUUUUUCAUUUAGGUUUUAGGAUCAUUCUGAUAAGUUCUAUGAAAAACCCUUUGAGAUUUGGGAUGGGAGUUUAUAGAUUAAUUUGACAACAUUGCUGUCUUCAUUUUAUCAAAUCUUCCCAUUUAAAAUAUCACACAUACACCCACUUAAGUAAGUCUUUUAAAUCUCCCAAUAAAGUUUUAUAAGGUUCCCUUUAAAACUCUUAAAUAUAUUAUAUUAGAUGUUCUUAUGUACUUUGUAGUUUCGUUGCUAUUGGAAAUUACUUUUUUUAUGUAAUUUUUUUUCUCUCUUGGAAUGGUGCUAGAAUAAAGGAAUGCAUUUCUGUAUAUUAAUCUUAUAGUUAUAAACUGUUGAAUUGUUAUUUAUAAUGUUUUGUGUAUUAUUUUGGAUACUAUACAUAAACAACUAUAUUACUACAACGUGAUUUUGGCAACGAGAUACAAAAAUAGAUUGAUGGAGAGAAUAAAGAAUCCAGAAAUAGACUCACUCAUUUUUGGACAACUAAUUUUUGCAAAGGCUGAUCCCAAAGUUGUCAGAUGGAGAGUAAAUACAAGGAGAUACUCUUGCUAACGGGCCUGGAUAACAUCACCGAUGAGGAACUGGAUAGGUUUAAGUUCUUUCUUUCAGAUGAGUUUAAUAUCGCCACAGGCAAACUACAUACUGCAAACAGAAUACAAGUAGCUAACUUGAUGAUUCAAAAUGCUGGUGCGGUGUCUGCAGUGAUGAAGACCAUUCAUAUUUUUCAGAAGUUGAAUUAUAUGCUUUUGGCAAACCGUCUUCAGGAAGAGAAGGAAAAAGUUGAUAAGAAAUACAAAUCGGUAACAAAACCAAAGCCACUAAGUCAAGCUGAAAUGAGUCCUGCUGCAUCUGCAGCCAUCAGAAAUGAUGUCGCAAAGCAACGUGCUGCACCAAAAGUCUCUCCUCAUGUUAAGCCUGAACAGAAACAGAUGGUGGCCCAGCAGGAAUCUAUCAGAGAAGGGUUUCAGAAAGGCUGUUUGCCAGUUAUGGUACUGAAAGCAAUGAAGCCCUUCACGUUUGAGACCCAAGAAGGCAAGCAAGAGAUGUUUCAUGCUACAGUGGCUACAGAAAAAGAAUUCUUCCUUGUAAAAGUUUUUAAUACACUGCUAAAAGAUAAAUUCAUUCCAAAGAGAAUAAUUAUAAUAUCAAGAUAUUAUCGGCACAGUGGUUUCUUAGAGGUAAAUAGCACCUCACGUGUGUUAGAUGCUGAAUCUGACCAAAAGGUUAAUGUCCCGCUGAACAUUAUCAGAAAAGCUGGUGAAACCCCGAAGAUCAACACGCUUCAAACUCAGCCCCUCGGAACAAUUGUGAAUGGUUUGUUUGUAGUCCAGAAGGUAACAGAAAAGAAGAAAAACAUAUUAUUUGACCUAAGUGACAACACUGGGAAAAUGGAAGUACUGGUGGUUAGAAACGAGGACACAAUGAAAUGUAAGGAAGGAGAUAAGGUUCGACUUACAUUCUUCACACUGUCAAAAAAUGGAAAAGAACUACAGCUGACAUCUGGAGUUCAUAGCACCAUAAAGGUUAUUAAGGCCAAAAAAAAAACCAUAGAGAAAUAAAAAGGACCAAUUCAAGCCAGCUGGUCUAAGCAGCAUUUAAUUGAAGAAUACGUGAUACAGCCUCUUCAAUCAGAUUGUAAGUUACCUGAGAGCUGCAGUUCACAGGCUCCGCUCUCCACCAAAUUAGGAUAGGAUAAUCGCUGGAUAAACAAAUUCAGAAUAUCAACAGAUGAUCACAAUAAACAUCUGUUUCUCAUUCA